AGUCUGCACUUUAUCACCUUACAGCGUUUAUAGCUAUGUUGCUUUAGAAUAUUUUUGAAAACUGUCCAUGCAUUGUGUUCAUCGAAGUCAUAAUCUGAUCUUAACGAAUAAGAUAAAAUCAAAACUAAGGAAGAAAAGAUUACCAACAACUGGUGGAUCAAUUGUUAAUUUUAUAGUAAUAUUUGUAGCGCCUUUUACACGAGACAUUUCUGUUUAGAGCAAAAUGACGCCUAACCCGGAUGCUUUUGAAGAAAAAGAGAUCGGCACCGUUCUCUUAAAUAAAAAUGAUAGGGAAAAGAAAGAUUCCUCUCCUAAUCGGGACGAAUGGCAAGGCAAAUUGGAUUUUGUCAUGUCAGCGCUUUCUUUUGCUGUAGGUAUGGGUAACUUAUGGAGAUUUCCAUAUUUGGUUUAUAGUAAUGGAGGAGGAGCAUUCCUUAUACCAUACAUAAUAAUGGUAAUACUUGCGGGUUUUCCCCUACUCUUCCUGGAAUUUGCUUUUGGACAAUUUGGCAGACUAGGAGUAGUCAGUAUAUGGAAGGCUGUCCCGCUCAUGCAAGGAAUAGGAUGGUGUAUGUUCUUCAUAUCACUUAUCAGUUGUAUCUACUACAACAUGAUAGUAGCGAUAAGCUUCUUCUAUUUCUUCGCAUCUUUCACAUCAGAUGUGCCUUGGAGAACUUGCGGAUCGUGGAGUACCAAAAACUGCGAAAGAAAUCUUUCAUCCGUUGAUUCUUCAAAUACAACACUAUUUGAAAAUUUAACAUCUGUUCAAAAUACAAGCAAAUCGGCCAGCGAUGAAUAUUUUCAUCAACAUGUUUUGAACAUAUCAGAUGGUGUUGAUAAUUUAGGAGGAGUUCAAUGGAAAUUAGCUCUAUGUCUUCUAUUAUCUUGGGCUAUCGUAUUUAUUUGCCUUAGUAAGGGUAUAAAAACAAGUGGAAAAGCAACAUACGUCACAUCAACUUUUCCUUAUGUUAUACUUAUAAUUCUUUUGAUAAGAGGAUUAACUCUUGAGGGAUCAAUGGAAGGUAUUAAGUAUUAUGUUCUACCAGAUUGGAAACAAUUGGCUUCGGCAAAGGUAUGGGGAGACGCAGCAGUGCAAGUUUUCUUCUCUAUGUCAACUUGUUGGGGAGGCUUAAUUACUUUGGCCUCUUACAAUAACUAUCGAAAUAACUGCUUUCGAGACGCACUUGUUGUCGCUGUCGGAGACGGAUUAACGAGUAUAUUUGGUGGCUUUGUUAUAUUCUCUAUUAUAGGCUACAUGGCUCAUGAAUUAAAUGUACCAGUUGAGGAUGUUGCAACACAAGGAGCAGGCCUAGCGUUUGUGGUUUAUCCUCAAGCCGUUACCAUGCUACCAUUGUCUCCGUUAUGGGCUAUACUAUUCAUGCUUAUGCUAUUAAAUCUUGGCCUGGGUACUCAGUUUACCCUAGUCACGACUGUUCAUACCACGAUUAUGGAUGUCUUUCAAAAGUACUUUAAAGUGCCAAGAAGAAGAAUUUUAUUACUUUUAACAAUUUGUAUUGUUUGCUAUCUCUUUGGUUUGACUUGUGCGACUAGAGGUGGAAUGUACGUUUUACAACUUAUGGAUAAAUAUGCUCCGUCUUAUGGAUUAUUAACUGUCGGCUUAGCCGAAUGUAUUGCAUUAUCAUGGCUAUACGGAAUUGAUAAAUUUUUUAAAGAUAUCGAGUCAAUGAUUGGCAGACCGCCACUAGCCUUCUUCUUUAAAAUAUGUUGGCAAUUUUUAACUCCUGUUUCAAUUAUUUUCAUUCUGCUAUUCACAUUUGCCGACUUCAAAAGAUCUAAAUAUGAUGAUUAUAUAUAUCCAUUGUGGGCUGACGGAAUAGGUUGGCUCAUAGCAUUAUUCGAAAUAAGUUGUAUCCCAGCAACUGCUAUUUAUAAAUUAUACACGACAAAAGGAGAUCUUAUUGAGAGAAUAAAAAAGCUUAUUAAACCUAGUGAAGAAUGGGGUCAUGAGUUAAAAACUUUGGAAUUAAAAGAGUUUACAUUGACUGCCGUGAAUGGAGAAACAACUGAAAAAUUAUCGAGUCCACUUCAAACAAUAAAUAAUAUCUCUAUUUAUGAUGAAAAUUUACCAAACUCAAAAAUUUAAACAAAAUAUUAUACUCAAGCUCAUUAUUGCAAAUUUAAUCUUAGGAAAUUUAUUUGAACAAUAUUCUUAAAUAUUUACAUAUUCCAGAUAUUUUAUGAUAUUUUAACCCUUUUGUGUUUAAACCAAAAUAAGUAUGCUUUUAUAUAAAAUAU